AUAUUUUUACCUUUGCCUCUCUAGAGCAGCCAAUGAGCGGGCGCGGCCGAGUCUGGGCGGGGCCAAGUGAGAUGCCUUGUGCCCGUUCGCCACACUGCCGAGGGAAAAGCGCGCUGGGCUUGCCGCCGCGCCCCUUUUCCACCUGUUCUUUUCUGCCGGAGGCGCGGGGAGCCGAAGCCCGAGGGGGGACUGGCUAGCUAGCUGUGCGGGCGGGAAGCGCUGCUGGGAGCUCGCGGGGCGCGAUGGUGUGCGGCGGCUUCUCCUGCUCCAAGAACUGCCUGUGCGCCCUCAAUCUCUUGUAUACGCUAGUCAGCUUGCUGCUGAUUGGGAUUGCAGCAUGGGGCAUAGGUUUUGGCCUCAUAUCCAGUUUCCGGGUCGUUGGAGUAGCAAUUGCAGUGGGGAUAUUUCUGUUCCUGAUUGCUCUCGUGGGAUUGAUUGGAGCCGUCAAGCACCAUCAGGUGUUGCUGUUCUUUUACAUGAUUAUUCUCUUGUUAGUGUUUAUUAUACAGUUCUCUGUCUCCUGUGCUUGUUUAACCUUGAACAAAGACCAGCAGAGCCAGCUUCUAGAAGUUGGGUGGAACAACACAAACAGUGCAAAACAGGAUAUUGAAAGGAAUCUAAAUUGUUGCGGGUUCCGAAAUUUCAAUAAAGAGGAAGCUUGUUCUGCUGCUUGUUUUAAAGGAUCACAGUGCUCACCCUGUGCACCCAUAAUAGAAGAGUAUUCUGGCAUGGUCCUGAGAUUUGUAGGAGGUAUUGGUCUCUUUUUUAGCUUCACUGAGAUCUUGGGGGUCUGGCUGACCUACAGAUAUAGGAAUCAAAAAGAUCCUCGUGCAAAUCCUAGUGCAUUUCUUUGACUUGGGAACCUUCUUGCAGGACUGAAUUUUUCUUUUCCUGUUUUUUUUUUAAAGUGAAUUAUCUACUGACUGGCUGCUGUUCACAUUAAGUGAGGCUUUGUGCACUUGAGGUAACAACUGUUCACCUAGAGAUGCCUCCUGUUUUGGUUUUUGAUGUUUUCCCCCCCUUGGAUUGGCUGGUUUCAAAUGCUUAUGCCAGCCUUGUAAUUGAACAGAACUUGGUGCUCUUAAGAAGGUGAAAGAUAGUGAAAUAGAACUAUUGCAGUCUUAUUGUAACACUUCUGCUGUUUUAAUUGUUGGUUGAUGCUGCUCUUGAUGAUUAAAGGGAAAAAAUCCAUUAUGUAUUUCAUCCACCCGAAAAAUGCCCAUUCACAUUGUUGCUUUGAACACCUGGUACUUUGUGAUUCGUUUGAAAUCUGUGCUAAAAAUGAUGUUGCUUUUGCCUUUUAUUUUGGGGGAAACCACUAUGGAAAUCAUUUUACAUGCAAAAAAUAUCUUCCGCUGUAUUUAUGUGGACACAAGUAUGUGGGGAAUACACUUAAACAGGUUUCUCUAGCCCAGCUAUUUCAGAAUUGCCAUGUAAUCCUAGAAAUUUCAUUUCAGAACUGUUGGUAAUGCCAUGCAUAAACAUUUCCUGUGUUUACAUGCAUACUUGUUCACUGCAAUUUUAGAGUUAGUACUGUAUACCCAUUGACCCAGUGGACUGCGCAGAAUUCACAGUAGACUUUCCAUUGACUUAGUGUAGAUUAUAUGUUUAACUGAACAGUAGAAUCAAUGGGGAUAAAGUAAUACAAAUUCUGAUUGUAUAUCUGAUGUUUUGGUUUGAAUGAAAUAUGUAAUUAGAAUGUUGUAAAGGAGGAUGAUCUUCAGCUUACUUGUCACUAUAAGAAACUGGUCUUGGUGCCCAAAGGGGUCUUGUAUCUAUUUUUGCAGUUUGAUUUAAUUUAUCAGUGUAGUAAAGUUAACUGUGAUGUUGAUGUUGGUCUUUAUACUUAACAAAUUGUGUUAAUUCAAAGGUAAUUUAUGUGAAUUAGACUACUGUAAAGUGAUCUUUGUAGUGCUUUGAUAGUAUACUUUAAACAAAAAUAAACACUUUUGAUGAAA